AUGCACGAAUUCGAGCGGGAGACGCGCGAUGCGUCGCAAUCGAGUACGGAGAACCCAUCGCGCUCGCCCCGGACGCGUAGAAGCGCAAAGUGUGCGAGAAAGUCGUCCCAAGAGGAUGCGGGACCGAGUCUGUUGGGAUUCUGCACCGUCGACGCCAAGACGCUUGGCGCUUCGACCGCGAGCGCGGUGAAGUACGAGGAACCGCUCGAGUGUGGACAGGUAAGCAAGCGACGGGACGAGCGGUUGACGACGUACGACGCGUCAAAUCUUCGGCGCCUGCGAGGCCCGAAUGCGGGUGCGGGCGCCGAUCUAAAUCGCGGGUUCGGCACGUUCAAGGAUCGAGAUCGACGGGAGAUUUACCCGGCACCGGUAAAUGAUAUCUUCGGCGCGAUCGAGGCGAGCGGGCAGACGAAGGUGUUGGAGGAUGUGGACGUCGUCACGUGGCGUGGGAACGUGAGCAAACUGCUCACGACUGCAUGGAAUAAGAGCGACUCGUGGACCAUGGAGGCUGAGCUGGUGAAUAAAACCAUCGUAUUGAACGUCAAGGAAACGGAGGAGGGAAUGCGGAAAGUACUCGUGCGAGACGAAUGCGAGGAGCGGAUGUGUUACUGGGGAUAUGCAUUCGAAGAGGCGGCUUGCUCAGAGAAGCCGUUUGAGGAGCCGGUGGACUGCAUGGAGAAUUUUUGCUGCGUCAUCAAGACCAAGUUAGGAGAUUUGAACAUUCUCAUGUGUGGAGAGGUGGAUUGUUUCGACGGAGGCGACGCGGAACUCGCGAACUUUGUCGAGCUUAAGACGUCACGCGUCAUGACCAACGAGAGAGAGGUUAAGCGGUUCGAGCGAGAAAAGCUCUUGAAAUGGUGGGCUCAAUCGUUCGCUAUGGGCGUUCGUCGCAUCAUGGUGGGAUUUCGCGACGAUCGUGGUCGAGUGGUGAAGACGCAGAUGCUCGAGACGUUGAAGCUUCCGGGAUACGUCGCUAAACAUCCAAACGCGUGGAAUUCGAAGGACGCAUUGCGAUGCGCCUUGGUGGUACUGACAAAAUUGAAAGAGCUGCUAUCGCAUGAACCGAGCGGGGUGCGAGUGCGAGUGGAGUACGAACCAAAGAAGGUGGCGCAUCGUGUGAACUUUAUUCGAGACAACUCGAUACCGGAUUUCAUCCCGGAAGGGGCUCGAGCCAAGCUGAUGAGCGGCGGCUCGUGGCCCCAGAACGAUUUACCGGCACGAGCGAUGACAAAGACGCCCGCCGGGUCGGAGGCGCGCGACGCCGCGCCCGAACUCUCCGAGACGGCGUCUGCAAUGAGUAUCAGGGCGUCCGCCGGAACGAACAGGUUGGAAUACAUUCGCUCGCUCGGUCCUGCCGCGCUGCUUUACAUGCAAGGUAAGGAUCCGAGAAGAAGUCUGCGCGGACGCAUCGACGACGACACCAUGGGCGGGAUCGGGAUCGAUCCUUCGGCGUGGAUGCAAAACACGCACGGUGUCGUGUCCAUCUCGCGCGCUGCGUCUUCGGGGGUCAAGGACCGGAAGCGCGCUGCCGAGGAAGAAAACGAUAACACAUUCGAUGGCGGAGCGAACUAG